AUGAAGCCCAAAUCUUUGCAAAGACUGUUUGACAGGAAUUCAGCCGAGGCUUUUGGUCAGGCAGCAAAAUACAGGCGGCAUGUUGAUCAUGAGGAGCAGUCGUCCUGUGAGGAAACAGCCGAAGAUGGAGAAGAAAAGAAGGAGCAGAGAGGAACGCCAUUUGCUUUUCAGCAAGAGAAGUAUGAACAAUUAAUGGAUGACGAUGCCAAGGAGGAGAGGAAAAAGAAGAAAAAAGAAAACUACAAAAAAGUGAAGAAGAAUGUUGGAAAAGCUCUUCGCAUCACCUGGAAGUGCUUUAUGCUUGGUCUCUACAAUUUUGCCCUUGGUUAUGCUGCCCCCGUCACAGUGACUGCUGCUUUUGGGCCGGACUCUAACCUUGGGAUAAACAGGACCUGA